CUGGUGGAACGUUUACCAAUUGUAUCGCGAAGUUUAAACGCCUUGGAACGAGAAUUUCAAGAAUACUUGUGGCGUGUCGAAUUCGAAAACAGCUUAAAAUCGGACCAUGAACUAAAACAUGAACGUGACCAAGUCCAAAGCGAAUUAAUAAAGAAAGGUAAAAUAGAGGUGGACCUGGAUGACAGUGCGUCCAAAAUGACAGCACAGGAUCUCAAAGAUGCCUACACAGAAGAGUUGAAAAAUUUUGCAUUGGCUCCCCGUACUACACCUGAUGACGCCUCCAACAAAACUACUUCCCUUGAUCGUUGUUUGGAGGACACGUUAUAUCUAGUUAUAGAGGAUGUAUUGAACAAAGAAGCACUGCAAAUACUGCCUCAAGGACCACGUAUAGAUGGUGAGACAAUGCGACAGGCAGCAGAGCGUGUGUUACGUGAGAAAUGUGGUUUAGAGUUAGAUGUGAAAUUUUACGGUAAUGCGCCCUGUGGAUUUUACAAAUAUAAAUAUCCUGUUGUAAUGCGCCAGAAAAGUAUUGGCGCCAAAGUUUUCUUUUAUCGAGCUUCAGUAAACGGUGGAAAUGUGAAUAAGGCAUUGACGAAAAAGUACGAGUGGUUAACCAGGUCAGCAUUAGAAGAAAAACUUAAAAAUUCAGAAUAUACUGAGAGCAUACGAAAGUUUCUGAUGUAAAUUGCAUUCAUGAUUUUGCCUUUAAUGCAAAUAAAUUUCCGUAUAUCGUUGA